UCGCGGCCAGCCCAGGCUGUGCAGGGUAGGUGGGCGCAGACAGAGCGACUACGGGUCGGGGCUGGGCUCAGCGCGCUGCGAACAAAGGAGUCUGCGGCGGUUCCCGGCUCCGCGGAAGACCAAAGCUUCGCUGGACUCUUGAGGCUCCGCGGCUCCGGGUCGGCUUCCCCUCGGCUCCACCGCGGGCGCCGCGGCACCUGCCGCCGAGUGCUGCCCAGGGAGCCUGUCCCGCCCGGGGCUCAUGAUGGGGUUGAUCUUCGCUAAAUUGUGGAGCCUUUUCUGUAACCAAGAGCACAAAGUAAUCAUUGUGGGACUGGAUAAUGCGGGGAAAACCACCAUUCUUUAUCAAUUCUUAAUGAAUGAAGUAGUUCAUACUUCUCCAACCAUAGGAAGCAAUGUUGAAGAAAUAGUUGUGAAGAACACUCAUUUUCUCAUGUGGGAUAUUGGUGGUCAAGAGUCUCUGCGGUCGUCCUGGAACACCUAUUACUCAAACACAGAGUUCAUCAUUCUUGUUGUGGAUAGCAUUGACAGGGAACGCCUGGCCAUUACAAAAGAAGAAUUGUACAGAAUGCUGGCUCAUGAGGAUUUAAGGAAAGCUGCAGUCCUUAUCUUUGCGAACAAGCAGGACAUGAAAGGGUGCAUGACAGCGGCUGAGAUCUCCAAAUACCUCACCCUUAGUUCAAUUAAGGACCACCCGUGGCACAUCCAGUCGUGCUGUGCCCUCACAGGAGAAGGGUUAUGCCAAGGUCUAGAGUGGAUGACCUCCAGGAUUGGUGUGAGAUAAUUUUUUUGCUUGAAAAAGACUUCUCUAUUUAUUCGGUGACAUGAACAUUUUUCCUAAUACCUUUGGCUGCUGAGGCAGCAGCAUGUUUAAUUUAUGACAACACAAACCUCCGAGUGACGCUUGAAUCAAGUGCCGCUGUACUGGAACAUAAAGAUGUUUUCUUACCUUUGUUUCAAAUGUACUAAUCUCAGUCGGACGAGCAUAACGUGUAACUACGCUGUAGCAGCUGGACUCUUCUGACUGUGUAUUCUAAUUAUUCGGUGACUGCCUUGUAAAAACCGUUUGUCAUAUAUUUCCUGUUAUCUGAAGUUUUGUUAUGUCCUUUAUAACCAGUUUCUUUCACCUCUUGGCCACCGCUCCUUCCGAGGUACUGGCUUGACAGAACAGUAGUGGGAAUCGGCAUGUAUUAUUUAUCCAGCACUAAGCAUUCAUUUCUCUAAUUACAAUGAAAAAAAUUCUACCUAGAAACUGUGUGUGCGUGUACGUAUGUGUGUGUGUGUGUAUGUGUGUGCAUGCGUGUGUAUGUGUGCGGGCGCGCGCGCGCGUGUGUGUGUGCAUAUGUGUGUGUGUGCACACGUGUGCGCACACACGUGUAACCAUCAUGAAUACUUGCGUUUAAAUUUUCCUCACCUCAUUGCAUGUGAUAGUAUAAUUUUAAGUUGCUCUUUGCAUGGGAAUCAUUUAGUCCAUUUAUUUAUAUAAGGAAUUAAGCUCACUUUUCUGUCAACCGUAUUUGGUUAAAAACUAAUCAAGGUGGAGCAUGAAUCUAAAACCCAGCUUCAGUGGUGAACACUCUUGGCUCCAUCUAGUAGCUGCAGGUUUUCCAGUGUGUGUAACUGUCAGAAUUUAGUAAAACACACCAAUGUAAAUUAGAGCCAGGACACUUGGACUGUGUUUUUCUAUCAGUUUCCUAUCUGCUUUAUUAUCAGUAUAACCUCAGUGAUUUUGUCAGACACCACACCUGCUCAGGUCGCAGCCUAAACACGGACAGUUCUUUUUAUUUCUUAGGUUUGUAGUAGCAACUGUCAGAGCAUUGUUCUCACCAGCAGUACAUUACUGAAAGGCAAAAUAACAUGGUCUUUCCGUAAACAAAGAGGCUUCGCAUUCAUUUUGCCCCACCUCCUGUGUCCUGGUAGGUAGACUUGUGCCCUAAACUCUAACAGGGUGCUCUAAAUCUAUUCCUAGCUUUAGAAUGUUCCUAUGAGACUCGGUGAUCGUGUUCUGUCUGUCUGUUUGGCUGGCUGGUCUUUGGUUUGGUUUGGUUUGGUUUGGUUUGGUUUGGUUUGGUUUGGUAGGGUUUGGUAGGGUUUCCCUCAGUAGCCCUUGCCCUGGAACUCAUUAGAUAGACCAGAUUAUUGUCAUAUACCUAGCAACUUAGACGGUUUAAUCGGUUACAGAAAUGAAGGAAAGGGCCUAAUGCUGAAGUCAGCCUUACUGGGUGGUGGUAACGGUUUCCCAGGCAGUUGUCUAAGAUGAAAGGAAGAAUGAACCCUUACGUUGAGGGGGACACAUGUUGUCAUUAGCCUUGAGUGUGUCAUCCGGGUCAUUUGCCAUAUGAAAGAGAUAAAGGGUAGUUCUUCGGAUUUUCAGUAUUUUUUUAUUUGGAUCAAAAUAAGCUUCAGUGUUCAUACCUGCUCAAAAUUGGUAUUUUAAUUUCAGGUUUUUUGUAUGUAAGUUGCCUUAAAAUUUAUUCUCUUUUGGGGUCUAUCAUUUGUUAUAUUUACUUAAUUUAGUUGAACUUGAUAAUAUUUUUAUUUAGUCUUUAUACUCUUGAUCUGAGAAAGUAGUUAGAGGAAAAAUUUUCUGAACUUUUGGAAAUUGUUUAAACUUUGAAUCUUUUUCUUAGUGAUUCUAUGCCAAGUAGAGGAUAAAUUUAACUUUUUUCUUAUGUGUUUUAAAUAUAACUCCUAAUCAAAGAUGAGAGAGAAAAGAAGAUAUAACUCAGUGUGGAUGGUGUGUGGCGGUUGUGGGAUGGUGAUGGGAACUGAGAAAAUACCAGUUACUUAAAGCACACUUUGCCUGAAUUUUACUUUGUUAUAUUGUUUACCGUAAAUAUUAAAAAAUAAUUCUCAUAAGCCUGUCCCGAGACAAAGCAUAUUUAAUGUCCCAAUAUUUCUUCUUAUGAAAUAAUUUUCUGCCUCCUUUUAUCUAAUGAGAUUGGCUGGUUCAAUUUUCUUCUAUCAGAUAAUAUGGUUAUUUUUUUAUAUUACCACAUCAGCAUUAUAUUGAAAGUGUUUUUUAAUAGUUGAUUGUAUUUUAUCAAACAGCUACUAGUACAGAUACAGAUUUGAUAUUUAAUUGUUGAAAGUACAGUUUAUUUUAUGUGUAAACCCUUUUUAAAAAGCAUAUAAUUCAUUUGGAUUAGAAGCAAUUGCUGUUAGCUAUUUGGAAAUGGAAUUGGCAUUCAGGUAGAUGCUGUGCCAUUGAUUGGAUAGGGCUCUUUAGGAAGCGCUGGUGAGACUUUUCAGCAGCCUUUCCUGUUAUUCAGUAGGAAGCUAGUUAUCCUUUACUCCAAGAGAAUGUCUGGGCCCCAACAGACAUAAGAUGCUAACGCAUUACACUUGAAUGUCUACUGCAAAUGGAGUGACUGACUGUAGACUAUCAUUUCAUGAACUCUUGAUUGUGCGAUGGGUGCCUUUGUUAUUUUGUUAUAAGUUCCCAAUUUUUUUACUCUGUUCUUUUAAGGUCACAAGUAUGAGAUGGAGGGGAGUGGCUUGUGUUUCACAUUCUCCUUUGUCUCCAUAUGUUAAUUAGAAAUGUUUGUACUGUACAGAAACCUCCCACACCUGCUUUACAUGAUUUUUAAUUUAAAAAUGAAGAAAUUAAGUUUUACCUUAAAAUCUUCUCAACAUGUUACAGCUAAAAAUGAAAAAAAAAAAAAAACUCCUCUUGCAAAUCACGUGUGCCAUUCCCUUACCUAAGCCUGUUGUCUUCACUUAGAAGCACAUUUGAGAAUCACUUUAGAUAUAACACUCGCUUUUGUAAGGGAACACACUAAACAUUUUUAUUGUUAAUGUGAUUUAAAUUCUUAAAACCUGAACUAUUAACAUAUAUAACAUAUUGAAAACUGGGGGAGGGGGUUGAAUCUAUAAUGCUUGCUUUUAAGUUCUUGUGUUAACAUUUUUAAGGGGAUACUGCUUUUAUUCUAUAUUCACUAAAGAAACAAUAUAUACAUUUCAUUCUUUAAAAAACAAGCUUUACCUAACUCCCAUCAGAAUAGCAUUUUUUUAAGUGGGAAAUGGCUGGAGACAGAGCCUCUAGUAACCAGGGAGAACACUACCAGUCCAUGAUGCAGAGACAGAGCCUCUGGUAACCAGGGAGAGCACUACCAGUCCACGAUGCAGAGACAGAGCCUCUAGUAACCAGGGAGAGCACUACCAGUCCACCAUGCUCCUGCUUCCCCAUCCCUAGGGCUGGGGUUGCCAUGGCAUUUUUGUUGAAUACAAUGUAACUGUCAUUGUAGCCUAAGGAGAAAACAGAAUGAGGGAUGCAGACAGUACUAUAAACAAUAGUCCCUGACUCUACCAAGUCUGGCCACCAAGAACUCUUUGAAGAAGAUAAGAGGUUUUAAGUCAUUGGUGUUGUAUCUCAACAGAUUAUGAGCUGAAUUAUUUCCAAGGCCAUUCACUGAACCCCCCACUGUGUUACAGUGUGGAUUAGCAAGCAGACUGGGAUUGUGGAUUAUGCCUCUACACAUGACGCUUUAUUGGCACUUAUCUCUAGAUGUCAAUUUUAUGCGCCAACUUACCUGUGGCUUUGGAACAAAAGCCUCACACACCUGAACUUUCAUUCUUGUUUUGUUUUGUUUUUUGAGACAGGGUUUCUCUGUAUAGUCCUGGCUGUCCUGGAACUCACUCUGUAGACCAGGCUGGCCUCGAACUCAGAAAUCCACCUGCCUCUGCCUCCCAAGUGCUGGAAUUAAAGGCUUGCACCUCCACUGCCUGGCUGAACUUUCAUUCUUAAGGUCCUUUGUCUUCUGUCUGGGGUCACCUCAAAAUACAGCUUCUAGUCUCAUCUGGUCACACACUGCACUGUCUCAAGAGGUGGAGUCUGGUCUUACUCUGCCCAUUUGCCAUCUAUCUAGUUGACCUGAGACACUAUUGUUCAUGGCCUUUUUGUUCUUCCCAAACUGAGGAGCCUUUACUUUAACCAAGUCUCAAAUAUGUCUUCUGUUUGGUAUUCUGAAGCCUUAUGCACUAUCACCAUCUUUUCAGAUCUACAAUUAUUGAGGAAUGCUUACAAUAGCAUGCCGGAAUGGUCUUAUCCACUGUGUGAUUCCCCACCCCAACAUCACGUCCCCUAGUGUAUAUACAACACAGUAUGAAGAGAUAGCUUUUCUUUGGCUCAAGCUGAAUUUCUAUCUAAAGACAGUGCAAAGGAGAAGCUGUAUUCAUCGAAAAUGGCGUUGAGUUGCUUCUAAGUAGCACCCAUGUGUAUUGGAAACCCACUUCUACAGAACUUGCCUUAUUUCUCUGGCUUUUCUAACUAGAUAGAAGUGGUUACUCUGUUCUGUUCACUGCCUUUAAGGUAUCCUAAACACUUGGUUGUCCAGCCCAGAGAAAGUCAGUCCUGAGAACAUGAGCCAGGACAUGAGUGUGUUGCAGACUUGAGUCCACUUGUGUAUGGAAACAGCUGCUGUUUAAGGUCGUUGGUUUUCACGUUGCCUCAUCUUUAUUCAUUUAAUAUUAGUGUGAAGACUGAAAGCCAAGAGCCAGGAUUGGGGGGGGAGAGAUAUAUUUUAAGAAUUAUAGGUGACCAAAGCUAUAUAGAGGUCCAUAGGAGACCUAUGUAGUCUUCAUUGUUUUUAUUAUGGCUGGAAAGCCAGAAAACUGGUUAGCAUUCUGAGAUUAAAAUCUGGAACUGUAGUCACACAGAGGCUCCUUGAUUUUUUUCUUUUUUUAAAGACCAGUACUCUGAGUUUUCUCUGUGCUAUGUGUAGAUGGAGUCUAGAAAUAACUUCUAAAUGAAUGAAAAGGUUUUCUUGUACAACUUGUAAAUUUUUAAUUUAAAAAUAAUUAUUACCUCAUUUUUUUACUCCACAAAAUGCUUUGCUUAAGUGUCUGGGCUGUUGUUGGACCCUAUCAGAAAACGCCCAAUGCAGAAUACCUUGCUGGAGGGAGUGGGAGUGCUGGGCGGGGUUUGGGUGCUGGGCGGGGCUUUUGUUUUAUUUGUUUUCCAGCAGCAGGGUGAACAGGUGUCCUUUCUUUCAGUGCACUUGAGCAAAGCACUCAGUAUUUAAUUCCUUACCUAAAGGACAGGAAAGGUCUGCAGUUUGGUGAGAUAGACUGUGAUUAUUGGGGUGCUAAAACCGCAAAUGGCCAUCAUUUGAUCUCAGAAGUUCAUGAUUGAUUGACAUGUUUCAGCUCCAAUUUAUUCUCUUGGAGUAAACUUUCAGUCUCGUGGUGAAUGUUUUUCAUCUAGAUUUCAUCUUAAAGGCCCUAGCUGCUGUUUCACUGAAAUUGUGGAAUAAAAUGACGAUUAUGGCUUUUCCAGAUAUGAGACAAUUUUCCAUUUCUCCAUGCUGCUCUCUUUCACAGAACAUAGUUUAAGAUAAGGGAAGAGCAAGCUCCUGGCAGGUCCGCCCUCGAUGUCACGUUUCUUCUAAUGGGAGUCUAAUGGUCAUAAUGGCACAUUCUCAUCUUCACGCAUAACUUGGUGCUUUAUAACAGCCAGGAGAAAGCAGGCUCUGGACUCGUUACACUUUUAGAUCAGAUUAUAAAACUCUUUAAAUGUGCAUGUGUGUUCAUUUUAUAAGAUUUAAAUAUACGUCAUUAUCCAUUAUAUCUCAGGCUAUGUGAAAGUGGUCUGACAGUAUCUUUCCCAAGCAGCUUGGUUCAAAAGAUGGUCUUAUUAAUAAAUAAGAUCAAGGUAGGAUCUCAUUGCUCUGUGGGCCCUCUAGUGUUUACAGAGGGGGAGACAGUGUCUUUCAUAUCACAUACUGCUUCUGAACCCUAAGUAAGAAACUGAUGCACUAACAAAGCAAAUACCAAAAGCAUUUCACACCCUCACAGCCCACAAAUGGUUCCAAGCGUGUUUGAUUAUGAGGUUGGUGAAAGAACAUGGGUUUUGAAUUUUAACAUUUUUUUCACUAUCAUGAAAUGCUUCUUUUAUAUGUUAGGUCAUAUUCAUGACUUUUUUAUUUCUGCAAUUAUGUUCUAAUGAAUUGUGUGCAUGCCAACUUACCCAAGGAAAAAGAUGCAGUUUGCUCUGGACUGUUAAUGUGUUUGAGAGGUUUUGGCUGAUUUGCAAUCAUGGUGCAAUAUAGCAUGAUACCCAUGUGUUUUCAGUCCACAGUUUUAUUUUUGUCAUAAUAAAUACUUUUCCAAUAUGAA